AUGGGCAGGUGGCGCAGCCCAGUACCCACAAUCCCACCAUGUCUCCAGCUCCUAUGGGUGCUGCUGUUUGGGUUCAGCGAAUGCUCCAAGUCCCAACAAGGAGCACAACCACAGUCCAUCAAGAUCGAAGGUGACAUCACUCUGGGGGGCCUCUUCCCUGUGCACUCGCGAGGGCCUGCGGGGGUGCCCUGUGGAGAAGUUAAAAAGGAGAAAGGCAUCCAUCGUUUAGAGGCGAUGCUUUACGCUUUAGACCAAAUCAACAGUGACCCAGACCUGCUGCCAAAUAUCACACUAGGGGCACGUAUUCUAGACACCUGCUCAAGAGAUACCUACGCUCUGGAGCAGUCCCUCACCUUUGUCCAGGCCCUCAUCCAGAAGGACAACUCGGAUGUGCGCUGUUCCAAUGGAGAGCCACCCAUCAUUCCCAAACCAGAGCGGGUAGUGGGCGUGAUCGGGGCAUCUGGCAGCUCGGUGUCCAUCAUGGUGGCCAAUGUGCUCAGACUGUUUGCGAUCCCUCAGAUCAGCUACGCCUCCACCGCCCCUGAGCUGAGUGACAACAGCAGAUAUGAGUUCUUCUCCCGAGUGGUGCCUCCAGACUCGUACCAGGCCCAGGCCAUGUUGGACAUCGUCAAAGCGAUGGGCUGGAACUAUGUGUCCACACUGGCCUCAGAGGGGAACUAUGGAGAGAGCGGAGUGGAUGCCUUUCAGCAGAUAUCCAGAGAAGCAGGAGGUCUAUGUAUUGCACAAUCUAUUAAAAUCCCAAGAGAACCUAGACCUGGUGAGUUUGAAAAGAUCAUCAAGAGACUGAUGGAGACUUCGAAUGCCCGUGGGGUCAUCAUCUUUGCUAAUGAAGAUGACAUCAAACGGGUUUUGCAGGCAGCUAAAAAGGCCAACCUGACAGGCCAUUUCCUGUUUGUGGGCUCUGACAGCUGGGGAGCCAAGAUUGCACCAAUUCAGGACCAGGAGGAGGUGGCAGAGGGCGCAGUAACCAUCCUGCCUAAAAGGGCCUCUAUAGAUGCAUUUGACCAAUACUUUACGUCAAGAUCCCUCGAAAAUAACCGAAGAAAUAUCUGGUUUGCUGAAUUCUGGGAAGAUGAUUUUAAAUGCAAACUUACUCGACCUGGCAUUAAAUAUGAGCAGGGCAGAAGAAAAUGUACAGGUGAGGAGAGAAUCAGCCGCGACUCUCAGUAUGAGCAGGAGGGUAAAGUGCAGUUCGUGAUUGAUGCAGUCUAUGCCAUGGCGCACGCCUUGCACAGCAUGCACUUGGACCUCUGCCCUGGUUCAAUGGGAGUCUGUGAGAAGAUGGACCCAGUGGAAGGAAGGAUGCUGCUGCAAUAUAUCCGCUCUGUCAACUUCAAUGGCAGUGCAGGGACCGGAGUGAUGUUCAAUGAGAAUGGGGACGCCCCAGGCCGCUACGACAUAUUCCAAUACCAGAUGUCUAAUGUCAGCAUUCCAGGCUACAAGAACAUCGGCCAGUGGACCAACCAUCUCCGACUCAAUCCAGAGGACAUGCAGUGGUCUGGAGGUGACCGCAGAAUCCCCGACUCUGUGUGCAGUUUCCCUUGUGAGCCUGGAGAGAGGAAGAAGAUGGUGAAGGGUGUUCCUUGCUGCUGGCACUGUGAGCUCUGUGAUGGUUACCAGUAUCUUCUGGACGAGUUCUCCUGCGACAUGUGCCCCUUUGACAUGAGACCCCUGAAGAACCGCACAGGUUGCCGACCCACGCCCAUCAUCAAACUGGAGUGGAGCUCGCCCUGGGCCAUCAUCCCCGUCUUUUUGGCGAUCCUGGGCAUUCUUGCGACCACAGGCGUCAUCGUCACUUUUGUCCGCUUCAAUGACACACCUAUUGUCAGGGCUUCAGGCAGAGAGCUCAGUUAUGUGUUGCUGACGGGAAUUUUCCUCAUUUAUUUUAUCACAUUCUUGAUGAUUGCUGAGCCCAGUGUGGCUGUGUGCGCCUUCCGCAGACUCUUCCUGGGGCUGGGCAUGUGCAUCAGUAAUUCUGCCAUGCUCACCAAGACAAACCGCAUCUACCGCAUCUUUGAACAGGGCAAGAAGUCCGUCACACCCCCUAAGUUUAUCAGCCCCACCUCUCAACUCAUUAUCACCUUCAUCCUCAUCUCAGCCCAGGUACUUGGGGUAUUCAUUUGGUUCGGUGUGAUUCCCCCUCACACUAUCAUUGACUAUGAGGAACAGAAGCCCCCUAACCCCGAGUUUGCCCGUGGAAUCCUCAAAUGCGACAUGUCAGACCUCUCUCUGAUGCUGUGUCUGAGCUAUAGUCUGGUGCUGAUGAUCACGUGUACAGUGUAUGCCAUCAAGAGUAGAGGGGUCCCAGAGACCUUCAAUGAAGCCAAACCCAUUGGCUUCACCAUGUACACAACCUGCAUUAUCUGGCUCGCCUUUGUGCCCAUCUUCUUUGGCACAGCCCAGUCCACUGAAAAGAUGUUUAUCCAGACCACUACAUUAACUGUGUCCAUGAGUCUGAGCGCCACCGUAUCCCUGGGAAUGCUCUACAUCCCCAAAGUGUAUGUAAUCAUCUUCCACCCGGAGCAGAACGUCCAGAAGAGGAAACGCAGCUUCAAAGCCGUGGUGCAAGCGGCCACCGUGUCUACUCGCCUCUCGCAAAAGUCCAAUGACAAACAGAACGGAGAGUCCAAGAUGGAGCCAGAUCGAUCGCAAUGA